GCAGGAGUCGCCCUCCGGGGGCGGUGCCGAGCCGGGCUUUGGAUCUGGCCUCCCGCUGCCCCCAGGGGGUGUAAGGCCGGAGGAUCCAUCCCCUUCUGUGACCCUGGCGGACAUCUAUCGGGAGCUCUACGCCUUCUUCGGGGACAGCCUGGCCACCCGCUUCGGCACGGGACAGCCCGCGCCCACGGCCCCGCGGCCGCCCGGGGACAAGAAGGAGCCGGCGACCGCCCCGGACUCGGUGCGGAAGAUGCCGCAGCUGACGGCCAGCGCCAUGGUCAGCCCGCAGGGAGACGAAAGCCCGCGGGGAGCGGGCGGCGGGCCCCCGUCGGCCUCCGCGCCCGCCGCCUCGGAGAGCAGGCCGCUGCCGCGCGUGCACCGGGCGCGAGGGGCGCCCCGGCAGCAGGGCCCCGGCGCCGGCACCCGCGAUGUCUUCCAGAAGAGCCGCUUCGCUCCGCGGGGCGCCCCCCACUUCCGAUUCAUCAUCGCGGGGCGGCAGGCCGGGCGGCGCUGCCGCGGGCGCCUCUUCCAGACGGCCUUCCCCGCGCCGCACGGGCCCAGCCCGGCCUCCCGCUACGUGCAGAAGCUGCCCAUGAUCGGUCGCACCGGCCGCCCGGCCCGCCGCUGGGCGCUCGCCGACUACUCGCUGUAUUUGCCGCUGUGAGGCGGCACCGCGCCCUGCCGCCGGCGCCCGGAAGUGACGGCCCCGCGCGCUGGAUGGGCGGCUGCUUCCUUCCGCGGCGCUGCGCGGGGGCGAGCGGAGCUAUGGCGCGUCCUUGUCUGCUGUGCGCCGAGCUCGUGCUCCUCGCUGCAGCUUUCCUGUGCGGGUUCGUGGCUGCCGCGGCGCUGACCUGGACGCAGGCCUCCUUCAAUGGCAGCUGCCCCCUGUAUGGUGUGGCCACUUUGAAUGGUUCCAAACUGGCCUUAUCCUGUCCCUCAGCCCCAUCUGUCUGCUACUUUGUGGCUGGGGCCACUGCCCUUCUGGCUCUCUACUGCCUCCUGCUUCUGUUUUUCCGGGUCUACAGCAGCUGCAUCCAGGACUCUCACAGUGGUCCAAUAGGGCUCCGCAUCACACUGGCCAUCUCAGCUGUAGCAAUCUUCCUGGUCUUAGUGUCGGCCUGUAUCCUUCGCUACGGCACCAGUUCUUUUUGCAAUUCCAUCGUCUCCUUGAGCAGUACAAUUAGCUGCCCUGAAGCCCAGAAAAUUCCAUGGACAACCCCUGGAACUGCCCUGCAGUUUUACUCCAACCUACACAAUGCUGAAACCUCUUCUUGGGUGAAUCUGGUAUUGUGGUGUGUACUUUUGGUGCUCCAAAUCCUUCAGUGCAAGUUCAACGUUGGCCAGCCUCUGGAGAGCAGGGACCCUGAGUGGAGCUCUGAGACAGAUGUUCUCUUUGCGCCACGCCUUCUUCCUUCCUGAAGAGUAACCCAAGAGCCCAAGUGCCUGCAAUUCUCCUGCCGCCAAAUGGCUCCAUUCAUGCUGGGAGCCUCAGUUUUCCCUCCACAGGGGAAACAUGACUGAACCCCCCCCCCCCCCCGCCUCCACUUCCUUGCAGCUGUAUUUUUUUUUGG